AUGUCUAGAAGCAAAAAAUUUUUAAAAUAUAUCAACAGACAUAUAUAUAAUUAUUUGUUAAAUACGAAUACUAAAUUAAGACAUUAUAAAGAUUUUUUAUUAAAAAUAAUCAAAUAUGAUAAAAUAAAAUUAUUUUUUUUAGAAAAUUUUAUUAUUAGUAGUCAUUUUAAUUAUAAACUAAAAUGUAUUACAUUUAAAUUAUAUGUAAAAUUUUUAUCAAAUAUUAAAAUUUUAAAUAAUUUUACUUUUGUAAAUAAUUAUAAAGAAGAAAAAAAUUAUUUUUUUAAAACAUAUAUAAUAUUUGAACAAUUGAUUAAAAUUUAUAACGUAAUAAAUAAAAAUUUUUUAAUUAUAAUUGAUAAGUUACAUAAAAAUUACAUAUACGAUUUACUGGAAAUAAACGAUAAAAAAAUCAACAAAAUUAUAAGAACAAAAUAUAACAAAAACAAACAUACAUAUUUUACUCCUAUUUAUGCUAGUACCCAAAAAAUUAAUAUUAUAUUAAAUAAAUACCAAGACUAUAAUUAUACAUGCGAAAGAUUACAAUGUUAUAAUUGUCGUAAAAACAAUAAAUCUUUAAUAUAUAAUAAAAAUAAUCUUUUUGAAAAAAAUUUAAACUCUGUCGUAUCAGAAAAUCAUAAUCAAAAUAUAAUUACUUUUAUCAAUACUUUCAAUUUCAAUACUAAAUAUUCAAUAUUCGGACAAAACGAAAAUAUUGAUAUAAUAUCUAAAAAGUUAAUUAGAUUAGACAACAAUAAAUACAAUAAACCUAUAGCUAAUUUCUUAUUAUGUGGGCCUAGUGGUACUGGUAAAACAGACAUUUGUAAAAUACUUUCUACAUAUUUAGGAAGUGAAAAACAAAAUUUAAUAAAAUUAGAUAUGAGUGAACUUGCUGAAGAACACUCAGUUUCAAGAUUAUUAGGUUCUCCACCUGGAUAUGUUGGAGGUGGAAAAUCUAAGAAAUCAAAAACUUUAGUUGAUGAAAUAAUAGAUAAACCAAAUUCAGUAGUUUUAUUAGAUGAAAUAGAAAAAGCUUAUAAAAGAUUAUGUUAUAUAUUUUUACAAAUAUUAGAUGAGGGAAUAUUAAUAGAUUCAAGUGGAACUGUAGGAAAUUUUACUAAUUCUUUUGUAGUAUUUACUAGUAAUUUAGGUAUUAGAUCGUCUAAUAAAAAUUCUCUUUCUGAACAUGAAUAUAAACAAGAUGUAAUAAAUAGUAUUACUGAUUACUUUCCACCUGAAUUUAUAAACAGGUUAGAUAACAUAUUAAUUUUUAAUUAUUUAGAUAUUAACUCUUUAUAUAAUAUAUCGCAUAAAUUUGUUAAAAGUUGUUACAAUAAUGUAAUAACAAAAAAAAGAUUUAAUUAUAUUGUAUCAUUAUUAUCCUCAUCUUCAUUUGGCGGAUCUAGAUUAUUAUUAAACAAUUUUGACAAAAUGUUAUCAAAUUCAAAAGGACAAGAAAAACUGUUCGUGGACUAUAAAAAUCAAUUAUUAAAAUGCGUGAUCUUAUAA